AUGGCGCCCGGGAUACCCGAUGAACCCAUCCAAGCAACUCCCCCGGUUCUCUUUGAGCAUUUUAAGAAACUCUACUGGUCGACACUCCAAGAUGAAGCCCGAAACAUGAUUGAAUUCCACCGGGAGCUGAUGGGCUUGAGGCAUGAUUUGAGUCACGGGGACCGCCUUGACAGCUCAUACCUCGAUAGCUUCAGGAAAAUCUUCAACAUCUGGUUGGGUGGACAAGCGGACGUUACCGACCCCCCCGAGUUGAACAGCAUAUUUGAUGAAACCAUACGGCGUGCUCAAGAAAACCUUCAGGAGCCCUCGAACGACCGCAGCUACCACGUCUCUCGGUUAAUCCUCCAGUCCCAUGUUGAAGAAGUCGAGGUAAACUCUUUCGGCGACCAUGUGCGUCGAGUCGUCCGCGGCAUUCUCUGUGGCGGAUGCGGCAACCUCAUCCGAUCGGCCGUCUUCUACGAAUGCGAGCAUGGCUGCGAGGCUGGAUCGUGGUAUGAGUUUGUCAAAGGCGAACCCCGUUGGUUUCAAGAUGAGAAGCUGGCCGACGAACCACCGCCGACCGAGGGGAUGCAGACUCAGAAUACUCCAGCAGAUCACCACAACCCACCAUACCGCCUCUGCACGAUCUACUCCCGCAGACAGCGCAUGCGCCUCUCCCGACUGGAGAUGGCGCAGACCCGCAUCAAAAAGGCCCAUGCCAACGAGGGCAAAGCUCAACCCAAGCAACGCUGGCACGAACGGUUUGUGGAAAACACGGUUCGUGCCACUGAAGAUUCCGGAUCCGAACUCCUGAGCUCAGCGCGGCCCGUCGGCUUGAUGGUAAAGUCUCACUUUGCGCCGGCAGGGAACUUCCAUCUCGCCCUCAUGUUUGGACCGCUUGUUUUCGAGUCCGGCGUCAAGGGUAGUAACCACGGCGUCCGCGUAUCCCCCCGCCCACCACCGACCCUCUUCGCCGGCAAAGCCGUCGAGACACAGUCGGAAUGGCCGAGGCAACGACUACCCAUCCUCUUUAAAGACAGGUGCUCGGGACAGCCCAAGCUAGGUUACACAAUAGAUGAAGUUGAUCAGACGCCCCGACCGAUCCUCGCGUGCGUCAAGCGCGUCUACGGGGCGGCAUUCUCGGGGUAUCCGGAGUCGAACGCUGCGUCUCAGCAAGAGGUGAUCCGCUGUCUGGCGCGUGAAGGAGUCGGAUAUGCCAAGAUUCCCCGGUCCAAGAGUGCAGCGGCGCGGCGGAUGGCGCUGGACAAGGCGGCCCAGAGGCUGGUGCAGCAGAUGGAGAAAUGCAUCGGAAGGGAGGUGGACAAGCACCUCGAGCGCUUCGGCCGACGCCUGGUAGACCUCAGGGACAACGUGGACUGGAACUUCAUGAUGAACAACUGCCAACUACUCGUCAACCGCCUUCUCCAGGGCGACAAGGAUUUCGAGUACUCGAUCCCCCUCUUCCCCAGCAGCCUCAUGAGCAGCAGCAAUCGCGAUGACGAGCGCAGCGAAGACGACCAUUACCGGUGGCCCCGUUAUCUCGUCAGCUUCGGCAACCAUAUCGAAGGUUUCGGCCGGAGCCUCUACCAGCCCAACUGCCUGAUCACAAGUUACUGCCAGAGCAUGCCGAUGGUCGAAUACGACGUCCUCGAGUACAUCAGCUGGCGUUCGCAGCAGCAGCAGUCCGAGCCCAAUACGCACACACGCGCACUCGGUGCUCUGUCUCGGCUCCGCCAGGGCGGCGACGACGACACACUCCCCGUCAACCACCUCUGGCUCAUGCCGGGCGACACCCUCUCUCUACUGCAAUUCCACCUCGUACGACAAGCCCAAAAAUACCACGGCCAAGCCGGCGGCGCGUGGAUCGACAACCGGCUCCGCGUGCUCCAGCUCCUCGACAUCUACGGCGCCUUCGCGGGGGCCCUCGGCGUGUCACUAUUCAACCUGCUACAAACAAACCGGGAGCUCCUCGGCCAGGUCACCAUCCCGCACGCGCGCGUGCUGGGCAACAUGCGGGCCGACGAGUCGGUGCGCGUGACGCGGAUGCUGGGCUCGCGCCGCGCCGUCGUGUACGACAUCACCGGCCGGGUCCCGAGCGCCAUGGCGCACGCCGUCGUCCAUAGGAACCGGAGGAGAGAAGAAAGAAAAAAGGGCGAGCCGGUCCACGGCGAGGAGGUCCUCUCGCGCAUCGUCGCAUGGUUCGUGACGCCGCUGUCUCUGGUGAGUCCUAGUGCGGCGGCGGGGCUGGGCGCGCUCUUCCGGCUGCAUCAUGGUUACUGGAUUACGCUGAAUGUGAUGGGGCAUACGUAUGUCCGGCAGUGGUUGUUUAAGAAGGCGGAGAACAUGAGGGAUUUCUGA